UCUCUCCUCUCCUCCUUCCCGGGCACCUACUCCGUCUACCCACCCCUCCUCCUCCUCCCCGCCCACGCCUUCGCCGCACCACCCUGGCUCGCCCUCCUCGCCGCCCUCCAAACCCACCCGCGCCGCCUUGCCCAGCUCUACGCCUCCCUCGCCGCCUCGGUCCACACAACCCACAUCGCGCUCAACGCGCCCAUCCCGCUGCAGACCGCGACGACCCACGACGCCGCCAACAUCCUCCGCAGCCCCGUCGCCCUGACCCCGCUGCACAACGCCUUCGGGCCCGCUCCGACGCCCGCAACCCAGACCGCCCCGUCCGCUGCGGACUUCGGCGACGCGUUCUGGUGCACGGCGCGCCAGAACGGCAUCGCGCAGACAUGGGCCCCGCUGUACACCAUGUUCUCGCGCGGCAACGUGGCCGAGAAGGCGCGGGUGCUGCGGCUGCCGUCUGUCCGCGGUGCCGUGGAGGAGGGGAGUUGCUCGGCCGUGGAUCUGUACGCCGGGAUCGGGUAUUUUGCGUUCAGCUACCGCAGAGCCGGGGUGGCGCGGGUGCUGUGCUGGGAGCUGAAUCCGUGGAGCGUGGAGGGGCUGGUGAGGGGGUGCGGGAUGAAUCGGUGGGGUGUGGAGAGGAUGGCGGUGGGAGGUGAGGAAGAGGAGGGGGGAAAGGAGGUUCCGGAAGCGGAGUUCUUGGUCUUUCAGGAGUCGAAUGAGCAUGCGGGUGGGAGGAUAGAGCGGUUGAGGGACAGGCUGCCGCCGGUACGGCAUGUGAAUUGCGGGUUGUUGCCGACGUCGCGGGGGAGCUGGAGGACGGCGGUUGGAGCUGUGGAUCCGGGACUUGGGGGCUGGGUGCAUUUGCAUGAGAACAUGGCGGUGGGUGAGAUGAGGGAGAAGGCGGAGGAGGUUACGAGGGAGAUUGAUCGGAUCUCGGGGGAGGAAGGCAGAGGGCGCGUGAGGUUGGAGCAUGUGGAGAAAGUGAAGACGUAUGCGCCUGGGGUUAUGCACUGCGUGUUGGAUAUUUGGAUA